UGUGUUUGUAUGUUGGGAGAAGCGGCAAAGACAUCUAUAGCGGCGGGUGAUACAUUACCGGGCAGUGACAGCAGGACGGCGCCCUGUGCUACCCCCGACUCCAGACAUGGGCUACAAGACGGACCAGCUGCUCAUCGUCGUGUCCAUUCUAGAAGGUCGUCAUUUUCCAAAGCGAUCUCGGCAUAUGCUUGUAGUAGAAGCUAAGUUUGAUGGUGAGCAGCUGUCUACAGAUCCAGUACCUCACUUAGAGCAGCCGCAGUUUGCUACAGAACUAGCCUGGGAACUUGACAAGAAAGCUCUUCACCAACACAGGCUGCAGCGGACGCCCAUCAAGCUCCAGUGUUUUGCCUUGGACACGUUAACGUCAGCGAAAGAGUCUGUCGGAUAUGUCGUGUUAGAUUUGAGAGCUGCUCAGGAAAAGAAACAAGCUCCAAAAUGGUAUUCUUUAUUGAGCAGUAAGUACACAAAGUUUAAACCAGAAGUGCAGCUUAAUAUUUCUCUGGAAACUGACACCAAACCUGCUGUAGAUGCCUUCAAAGCCAAGGAAGCUCCACCACGGAGCAGUAAAGUCCCAGGUGAACUUGACCCCAAAACUCUUGUGCCCAUUCUCAAUGAAGCAGAGGGCUACCAUCAGAUUGGGCCUGUGGAGUACUGUAAAGACUACUUUGUUCUCUCUGUAACCAUUGCUUUUGCCACUCAGUUAGAGCAGUUAAUCCCUAGUACUUUAAGGCUUCCAGGACCACGGCCGGAGUUUUUCUUUUACUACUCUUUAUUGGGAAAUGAUGUUACAAAUGAGCCAUUUAAUAAUCUGAUCAACCCAGACUUUGAACCAGAGAGAGCAUCUGUCCGAAUCCGCAGCACUGCCGAGGUGCUCUGCAUGUAUCUUUCUGUGCAGCCUAAACUACAGAUCCAUCUGUGUUGUGGUGAUCAGUCUCUCGGCAGCACAGAUAUUCCUUUAGCAGGACUGCUGAGAAAAGCAGGUGCAGAAAUAGAGCAUCAUCCAGUGGUUGUGGAAGGUGCAUUUAUCCUGACUCCUCCAAAUAGAGCCAAACAGACUGUCCCCUCUCUGCCGGCAGAGAGCUGCCCUACCAUUGGAGUAUCUGUUUCUCUGUAUAAAGAGUCUUCACUUCACCCGAAGGAACACACUGAUGUUGUAACUGGGAAAGAGCCAUCUACACCACCUAAAAAUCCUGGAGAAAAUGCCAAUAGUUUACUACCGAAGCCUUCGCUGUACAGUGAUUCUCCCCCCACCAAAGAUGAUGCCACUGAGAGUGAAGUGGAGAGUAUACAAUCUGUGCAGGCCGAGCCAGCAGGAUCCCAGCCGCAAACUCAGCAGGCAGCUACAGGGGCGUUUGAAUAUCCCAUGCCAGCAGCCCGAUCUCCAUCGCCUGUUCUACGAAGUGCAGUGGAGGCCGCUCAAAGCCUUUCGGAGUCUGUCUCUGGACAGAAGAUCGCAGUGCCCCCUGCUGAACACCACUUCUACUUCUCCAUCGAUUUGAGAAGCAUUAGUAAUGUAGAUGUUGGAUUUCCUGUAAAUGUUAUGCUCAGGUACACUUACCCUUUCUUCGGCAGCGCAGCCCCUAUUAUGACUAACCCUCCAGUGGAAGUACGAAGAAAUAUGGAAGUAUUUCUCCCACAGUCUUAUUGUACCUUUGAUUUUUUGACUAUUUUCCAUCGGCUUCAGGAAACAUUCUUAAGGAUGCCGCUGCUUGUGGAAAUGUGGUACAAGGACAAAUCUGCAAAGGAUCUUCUUAUUGGAGUAGCGAGACUUCACCUGUCAAAUGUUUUAACUGCAGAAAAGACGCGGUUCUUAGGACGACAUGGGGAGCAUUGCUGGAGACAGACCUUUAGUGAGAAGGUGUCUGUUGUGUCCAUAGAGGGACCUGAAAACAGAGUGGCGGAUCUGUCAUACGCAGUCACAUUAGAGGAUUAUGGACCAGUGAAAGAACGGGAGGUUGUUGUGUCGGAGUCCGCCCAGAGUUCAGCGGCCCAGAAUCCUCCUCCUCGGCCACCUUCUCCCAAACAUGCUUCAGAGCCACGUGAAACCCUUGAGUACAAAGCCGCCCUUGAGCUGGAAAUGUGGAAAGAAAUGCAGGAGGAAAUGUUUGCAAGUCAGUUGAAGAAGAAAGAACUGGCCCACAUGCAAGUCCUGGUAGAGGAAUGGAAAAAAAGGGAUCGAGACAGGGAGGCGUUAGUAAAUAAAAAGCUUGCAAACUAUACAGCUCAGGAAGAAAAACUGCAGAAAGCUAUGGCCGAUUUAAAAAAGCGAGAACAUCAAAUCACAAGUGACGAAAUAGAGUUAAGAAAUGCUAAGGCCGAACUUCGGUUACAGUGUGAACAGAGCAUUCAGGAGCGUCAGGACUCGAUAAGAAGAGUGAGAGAAGACUGUAUACAUCAAGUAGAGCUCGAGCGGUUAAAGGUUAAGCAGCUGGAGGAAGACAAGCUCCGGCUUCAGCAGCAGCUUCAAGAAGCAGAGCAUAAGUUUAAAUUAUUGGACAAGGAGUUUCAGCAGUAUAAGGAGCAGCAAAGCAGUAAACCAGAAAUCCGAUUACAGUCAGAGAUCAAUCUUCUCGCACUAGAAAAGGUUGAGCUUGAAAGGAAGUUAGAAUCUACAACAAAAUCUAAGCUGCACUAUAAGCAGCAGUGGGGAAGAGCAUUAAAGGAGCUGGCGAGAAUAAAACAGCGUGAACAAGAGAAUGCUAUGGCAAGACUUAAAAAGCAACAAGAAGAACUUGAACAGAUGAGACUGCGCUACCUGGCAGCAGAAGAAAAAGAUAUGGUGAAGAAUGAACGCCUAGAGCUGGAGGAAAUCAGGAAUGAACUGAAUAGACUCAGGCUGCAAGAAGAUCGAAAACAGCCUGAUGCUUCAAAAAGCCAGGAACGAAGAAUGACAACCUCAGGGUCCAGGCUGCAAGAUGAAGGUUUGGAUGACUUCCUGUCUCGCCUAAUUGAAGAGAGGGACACUUUGUUAAGAACAGGCGUCUAUACUCACGAAGAUCGGAUCAUUAGUGAGCUAGAUCGUCAAAUUAGAGAGGCUAUGGCAAAAAGGAGUGUAAGAUGACUGGUUUACGGUAUAUGACCCACAUCUACAGAAUGAUUAUUACUAGUCAUACUUCAAAGAGCUAGUGCUGUAUAUUGUUUUUAUAUAUAAUUGUUUUACAUUUUCUGGACAGAUUAAUAUUUUUCUAAUAUUUUAGAGUUUACUGGUUAUUUAUGGCUUUUAAUGUGCAUUGCUGUUUGUUCUUCCUUCUGAAUGUGUUUCUACUAUGAAUAAUGUACAGUGUAAUUUCUGCCUGGUUGGGAUGUUUUGUAAA